GAUAUUCCUUCUGGGAUCUUACUCUUCAAAGCUUUACCCACGGGAAAGCGACAGCUAGCCUACCUUCCCAGUUCUCCCCCGCCGAUUUCCGAUACAGAGACGGAGUUGUCACUACUAGCAGACCGAUUGGGAGCAGAACCUGUCGAUGAUCUGCUCACCUCGUCCAGAGGGCCUCACCCCAUCGUCCCAUGUCGAAUCUGCACUUUGACAUACUAGAAUACAGGGUGGAUAGAAUCAAGCUGCAUGUCACAAGGCCCGAGACUGGCGUAACUCCCAGCCAAAGAUGCAAUGGUACCCUCGGAGUCAGGGGUCAACGGGCUUCCAUGGGUCUUGGGCUCCUGGGGAAGAAGAGGUCAUGCCGGCGGCCUAUAGAUACAUACGUGGAUACAAUUCUACCACACCUCAAUAACCUGCAUAUAUACCCAGUACUGUCUAUGCAUCUUGCCGAUUCCGAUGGAGCUCCUGUCACAUUGAAUUUACAAUACAAAAGGGCGCGCCCUGGACCAUGUAUGAACUGUUCGGUCAUCAAAGAUUUGCUGUUCACGCCGCCGACGGCUGGUACCACACAUGAAGCUAUAGGCAGGCUGAGCCGCAGGCGAACAUGUUUGUCAAAACUCAAAGAAAAGGGGGUGAGAUACCAAGAGGAGAGAGCCUCAUUUUCGGAUGUCCCCCGCCCCCAUACUUCUGAUACGAGACAUUUGGAAACCAUGCAAACCAGUAAAAAGCAAAUGGACAGCUCUCUCGUGUGGACUCACGCAGUAGUCACAGCCCGCCGAGAAUGCUUGCAGAAUCAAGAAAUUUCUUGUGAUUUUUGACAACACAACAAUUGCAGAAUCAUUAAAAAAAAAGGGCGUAGUAGGUAUGGGAUCAGAAGGUCCUCCUUUGCUAUGCCGCCGCCUCCGACGCCGGUCUCUCUACACCGAAAACUUCGGGGAAUAAAAGUGAGGCGACCAACAGACUCGUGUCACAUGGACACUUCUCCCAGGGUAGAAGCAAAGCGACGUCUCUCCUCAGCCUGUCUCACACCCCUCCUUGUUUUCCGACU